ACAAGGGACACUGCUAUUGGUUUUCGCUUGUAAGCUGCAACAAAUAAAAAACAGACUCAAAAAAAUCGUAACAAGGACAAUUUGCUACGCUUCAUCACUAAUAUCAAACUUCUAUAAUGCUCUCCAUUCGACACAUCUCUCGACGUGCUUAUACCUCCCUGAAUCGUCCCGGUCCUAUUCCUCUGGGUAAUAAGAAGCAACAGCAAGAAAUGCUGGAUCUCAUUCGUAAAAAAAACCAGCAAGACAUGAAGGAUUCCGGAGCCUUGCAUGACGAUGCAAGACUGCAACUUGAACCUGAAUUCGAGGGCAAUGUGAAUCCCAAAACUGGUGAAGUCAACGGUCCCAAGAACGAGCCUUUACGUCACGGAGACUGGAGCUUUAGUGGAAGAGUCACCGAUUUUUAAAAUUCCUGCGUCAAGAUAUGGUGCCAUUGUAUCCUCCUCUAAUGCCAAUGUUGAAAUUCAUGCAUGGCCCUCCAUUGUGACCCUUCGAAAAGAAAAAAGUUUCGAGGACAUGAAAGGCAAUAAGUUCUUCUCAUAUUUUUUUUUAAUACAGUAAAAAGUUCAAAAGGCUGUGAAAACUUAUCCAAGACUGCGCAUUUAGUAUUCACAGAUUCGGACAUCGACAAGUUGCGGAUCAAACUCUACCUGUAUUGAACUUGUAAUAUAUGGAAUAAACAUAAAAUUGAUGUUACAAGUUAUGAAAAGCCU